CUCUCUCUCUCUCUCUAAAUUCUUCUCACUCUCUCUCUAGUUCCUCUCUAGCAAUAUGGGGAUUUCAUGGAGUAGCACCAACAGAAGAAGAAACAACAACAAUAACAAUUACUACCAAAACCCUCAUCACAACUCACUCAUCACUUCCUCAUCUUCUUCUUCCUCAUACUCUUACCCUCCUGAUCCUUACUCUCCUCCUCUUCCCCACCCUUACCCACCUCCACCACCCCCAAUUUACUCUCCCUACUGCUACUCCAAUGCCUACACUACUUGCAAUUACUCUAAUCCUAUGAUGGGUAGGCCCAAUUGCCCCAAUUUCACUCCUUACUACCCUUUUCCCAACAAUGGGUGGGUUGGGAUCCGACCCGCUCCGUUUAUGGCUCCGGCUCCGGCUCCGCCGUAUGUGGACCACCAGCAGGCCAAGAAGGUUAGGAAUGGUGUGAAUGUGCAUAAGGAUACGUUGAAGCUUGAGGUUGAUGAGAUGAACCCAGAUCACCAUUUGGUCUCGUUUGUUUUCGAUGCAUUGCUUGAGGGGUGCUUCACUAUUUUUUACUUUGCCAAGGAAGAGCCCAAUUGUAGAUUGGUUCCACUAUUUCCCGAAGUCUAUAUUCCCGUUAAAGUCCCGUUUCAGAAAGGACUAGGCCAAAGAUUUCGUCAGCCUUCUAGAACUGGCAUUGACUUCAGCUUCUUUGAAUCAGACGAUCUUUCCAAGCCAUCUUCAGGAGAUGUGUUUCCACUUGUUAUCUGUGCUGAAACAUACUUGCCUUAUGUCCCUAUAGAAGAAUGUCUUGUUGAUCCUCUGCCAAGUUCAUCCCCGAACAUGCAGAUUACUGAAGCUGUUAUAGAGAAGAACGAUGAGAACACUCUUCAUGUGAGAGUAAUCAGGCAGAUACUGUGGAUUGAUGGGGUUCGCUACGAGCUGCGUGAAAUAUAUGGAAUUGGAAACUCCGCUGCAGAAAGCUUCAAGGACGAUGACCCAGGAAAAGCGUGCGUGAUUUGCAUGACUGAACCGAAGGAUACAGCUGUCCUUCCAUGCCGACAUAUGUGUAUGUGCAGUGAGUGUGCACAAGAAUUGAGGCUUCAAUCAAACAAGUGCCCGAUAUGCCGCCAACCUAUUGAGGAACUCAUAGAGAUCAAGAUCGAUAGUGUUGAUUAGUUAAAGGUUCCUUUCUUCAUACCGAAUCCAAUUCUAUGAUACACUUGUUACCUUUUUUUUAUAAAUUAAAAAAAAAAAAUUACUAAUUCUGUUAUAUAAGUGCUUUUAGUUCUGUUAGUGUUGUCUUCCAUUCGUUUUUUGAUCCUUCAUCACAUGGUGCUGUAUAUAUAUAAGCGUGCGAGGUGUCCUGUUGUUCUUGCCAAGGAAUAUGAUCUUUGUCACCCAGUUAGUUGAUUAAGGUUGUUUUUAUUCCUGCAAACCUCUCUUUGCAUUGUGGAAGUUGAAAUGUACUCUUCUUCAUUUGCCGCCUCUAAUUGAUACUCAAAACGUUUGAAGUUCUCAAGAAAUAUAUAAUACCUAAAUCAAGUGUUGAAACUC